CAGCUGUCAACGACCGUACAAUUUUUUUUGCUUAUUUACCCAACAAUUUUUGCAUUUUCUUGUGUAUUUGUAUUGUAAUUUUAUAAAAAUUGUAUUGUCCAAAAACAGCAGAGUUGACAGCAGAAAUUAACGAAAGUUACAACAAACGCGAAAAAAGAAGACCAACACGGUGUAAAAUUUUCUUUCCUCAUUAAUAAUACGUCGAUUACCAGCAAUGGCAUCAACUGUUACCGACGAAGACGAAGAAAGUUUGCGAAAGCAAUGUGAAAAUGCUUCAUUGGAAGAUGCGCCACAAUCUGCGAAGAAACAAGAUGAAAAGGCAAUCCUGCCACCAAUUAAAGUAACUAUGUCGUUUAAUGAUUGGAAGCAAAUGAAAGAUGCAGCGGAAGAUCGUAAAACUUCAAUAACUCCGAUGGGCAGAAACCCUAUUGGUCCAAAAUGGCAUAAUCAACGCAAUACUAAUGGGUCAUUAGAAAACUUGCAACAAAAUCAAAACAAUAACAAGCUUUUCUUUAGAAGUCAGCAACAAAAUUUUCCAAAUUUCAAUGCGUUUUCCCAACGUCAAAAUCAACGAAGCGGUCGGAAUUUCUUUCAAGAUGCCAUGAUACCACCUAUAAUGCCCCCCCUUGCACAGCCCCAGUCUUUUGACGAGUUUUUUCAACAGGAGCAAUGGUCAUCUGGACCCCUAAUGCAACCAAUGUUUCCACCCAUGCCUCGAAUGCCUCGUCUAAAUCCGCAGGGUUUGCGCAUAAACCAAUCUGGACACUUUAAUAGUCGGUUAUCUUCACAAAAGCGUCCCUCAACGCGUGUCAAACCAAGAUCAGGACAUUCAAAUACAACUACGACAGAUAAAGUAUCACACAAAGAGCAUUUAUCAAAAAUCCUAAAAACACCAAUAACCUCAGAAAAAAAUACAAUACCUAGCCAAGAAGAUAAAAUGAACCCGCAAAUUUAUAUUCAAAGGCCUCGUAAUAUUUCGAAUAAAAAUGACAAACCCAAAUCCAAUUGGAUAUUAAAGCCUCAAGCCCCACCACCUAUGCAAGCAAUAACGCCCGAGUCUCGUGAGGAGAAGCAACGCUUGUGGCGCGAAUAUCGUCAAGCCAUGAAGCCUUUUAAGAAUCGCGAGUUUGCAAAUGCCAAGAGAGUGGUGCAACGGCUGGGCAAAAAGAAGUAUGAAGAAUUGGAUGAAAAGGAGCGCGAGCGUUUCGACCGUGCGUAUGAGGCAGUAAACGCUCAUAAAGACAUGUUGAAUGCACGUGUGUCACAACGGUCGGCACGAGUCGAACAACAAAUAAAGUACGUUAAAAAUGGCAUCAGCAGCGGAUCAACUGAAAGUGCAGUUCAACCAAAUAAAAGCUCGGGCUGGAAUGCUUCAACAUAUCGGGGUAUAGGGAACACUAGUUAUACACAGAAUGAUAACCCAUCACUCCGUCCAGCGACCAUAAUGGGAGGGUUCGUAUCUGGUGGUAUUUGGAAUCCGACAGCAGAUUUGGCACAGACAAAAUCUUAGACAUUUGUGUAUGUAGUAAUUAUCAUGAUAAAAACAUUUAAAAAUUUGUUGUGA